AUGAAGAUCACGACGCUCCUGGUGCUCAAAUCCCCUGGCGAUUCCUCCGCCUCCGGCGGCGAGCAGCAGCAGGCCGUGGUGCUGGCCAACGCGUCGGACGUCAGCCACUUCGGCUACUUCCAGCGCGCCGCUGCCCGCGAGUUCAUCCUCUUCGUCGCCCGCACCGUCGCCCUCCGCACCCCCGCCGGCAGCCGGCAGAACGUGCUGGAAGAGUACCAGAAGACUUUUGGAGAGUCAUGGAGGACAACCAAAACUGAUGUGACCCAACCUUGGCAAUACUUGGAUGAUGCCCUAACCAAAUACCAGGAUCCUGCAGAGGCUGACAAGUUGUUGAAAAUUCAGAGGGACUUGGAUGAAACCAAGAUUAUUCUGCAUAAAACCAUCGAUAGUGUGCUUGCCAGAGGUGAAAGGUUGGAUAGCCUAGUGGAGAAGAGUUCUGAUCUAAGUAUUUCUUCACAGAUGUUCUACAAGCAGGCAAGAAAACCAACUCUUGCUGUACCAUCCUGUGAAUUGAGGAAGCUGUGCAUCCUAGGGCAGCGGAGUUGUGUUUAG